AUGUUCUCUGCCAUGCUGAUGGACGCCUACCGCGACGAACGCCCCGAGAUCCGCAUCGCCUACAGGACGGACGGUCACCCGAUGAAUCAACGGCGGAUGCACUUCCAUUCGCGCGCAUCCACAACCACCGUUCACGAACUCCUCUUCGCCGACGACUGCGCCCUGAACACCACCUCGGAAGAGGAGAUGCAACGGAGCAUGGACCUGUUCUCCGCCGCCCGCGAGAACUUCGGUCUGGUCAGUAACACGCAGAAGACGGUGGUGAUGCAUCAACCGCCACCCAACACCGCCACUUCCCCCAACGCGCCGCAAAUCAGCGUGAAUGGGAUGCAACUGCAAGUGGUGGAGAACUUCCCGUACCUGGGCAGUACUCUCUCCCGCAACACCAAGAUCGACGACGAAGUCGCCAAUAGGAUCUCGAAAGCCAGUCAAGCCUUCGGUCGCCUCCAAAGUACAGUUUGGAAUCGUCAUGGUCUCCAACUGAGCACGAAGCUGAAGAUGUACAAGGCCGUCAACCUGCCUACGCUACUGUAUGGAGCAGAGACUUGGACGGUGUACACAAAGCAGGCACGCCGUCUGAACCACUUCCACCUCAUCUGUCUUCGUCGCCUCCUGAGGCUGAACUGGCAGGAUCGAAUCCCCGACACUGAUGUGCUGGAACGGACGGGAAUCCUCAGCAUCUACACCAUGCUGAGACAAAUGCAGCUGCGCUGGAGCGGCCAUCUGGUGCGUAUGAACAACGAGCGACUACCCAAACGACUCUUCUACGGAGACGUCGCCACGGGUUCUCGUCGUCAAGGAGGCCAAAUUCGCCGUUACAAGGACACUCCGAAGUCCUCCCUGAAGCGCCUGCAAAUCAACCCGACCAACUGCGAAGAGCUCGCACUCGAUCGACCGACCUGGAGAAGGACAGUGAAGACAGGCGCUGCGAUCUACGAAGCCAAUCGCAUCGCUGCCGCAAAAGCGAAACGCGAAGCCCGCAAAUCACAACUUCGCCCAGUACGCAAGGCUGCCGCACAACCGCUUCCAACGUGUCCUCGGUGUCAACGGACAUUCCGGGAUCGAAUCGGACUUGUCGGACAUCUUCGGAUCAACUGCGCCUCUCGGACUGCACCAACCAUUGUUCCCCCGCCCGCCUCUUCCUCGUCAUCUCCGCUGCGAACUAACUCUGACAAUUCUUCUGAACCACCACUUCCAUCAUCCUCCUCCUCCUCCUCCUCCUCCUCCUCCUCCUCCUCCUUCACUGCCCCAACGGCGGCUGCCCAGGCGGCCGUCUCACACAUCACCAACCGCGACACAACAGCCGACACCACCCCCACAUCUCCAAACUCCAGCGAUGAGGAUCAGGAUUACACCUGCCCUCACUGCGACCGCACCUUCACCUCACGCAUCGGCCUGGUCGGUCACUUGCGAAUCCAUCGCACAGAGACUGGCGAACCAGUGCCUGGAACACCAACCUACACCCACCACGCUCGUCUCAACUGCCCCCACUGCCCUCGCACCUUCAGGCAUCGCAUGUGUCCCUUCGGCCACAUGCGCAUCCACGACGACCUGCGGUAG